AUGGGUUCCCCUCUGUGGAACUCCCGAACCUCUUGUCGCUGUGAAUCAGCAACGAGGGAUAUGGAGAUCGUGGAAUCGCCAACGCGUACUCUCAUCUUGCCUCCAAACACUGGAACUGAGCGUACACCGCUUUGCUAUCCCACAAUGACACCGGAUAAUUCAAUAACAAGACUGCGUUUAUCGUUGACAGGUCCGAUGCCAACACCCGGCGGCGUCCAGGACCUAAUCGACUUUCUCUGGGCAUUGCGAGAGCUACGCUAUCUGUGGCUCUCUUUUAUGUAUGUUUUGGAUGGCUUUUUUCAGCCAAAUGAGUGUCUUGUCGGACGUUGCACCGCAUCUCGAGCAUAUCUAGACUCGAAGCAAGUUGGUAUUCUUGAAUUUGUGAGAUCGCGGUGGACGACUGGUAGUCUAUUGAAGGUCACCCUAGGAGAAACUCAACCCGCAGUGGCUGAACAAUGGCAGGCGCUUUGCGACGAAGAAAUACCAAUGGCCCUCUCCUCCAAAGUAGCACCCUGGCUCGAGCCUCGAAGUUUGCGACGAGGAUCUACGGACGAUAAGAUUGGAUUCACAAAUGCGUACUCGGAAAAAAUCCUGGCAUGUCUGACCCGGGCCGAUAUUACCGGCCACUUUUGGGGGUCUUGGAGCACGGCGGAUAUCACGUUCCCGUGA